AUGGCCGCGCGGGGGUGUGUCCUGAGGCCACGCCCCCGCUCCCGGCGGACCAAUGGGCGUGGCGGGGGCGUGGCCGGGCCCGUCCCCCACGUGCUGGCGGUGGCCGCGGGAUGGAGGCGGCGGGAGGCACAGCCCAAGGGCCGGGAGCUCUUCAGGAGCCAGCGGAAGGAGUCCGAGGGCUCCGUGGAUUGUCCCAACCUAGAAUUUGAGUACGGAGAUGCCGACGGCCACGGCGCUGAGCUGGCAGAGCUCUACAGCUACACCGAGGAGCCUGAGCUGAGCCACAACAGGAGAUGCUUCGAGGAGGAUUUUCACACUCAAGUGCCCGACAGGAGGUGGCUGGAGCUGGCCAGGGCUCAGCAGAAGGCCUAUGUCAUGCACCUGCUGGAUGGGCUGGAGGUGGUCAACAGGGACAAGAGGCUCCGAGUGGCACGGGCCAUCCUGUACCUGGCACAGGGUGUGUUUGGGGACUGUGAUAAUGAAGGUGAUGUCCUGCAUUGGUCUCGGCACAACUGCUUCCUCCUGUACCAGCUGGGAACCUUCUCUGCCUUCCUGGAGCUUCUCAACAUGGAGAUUGAGAACAGCCAGGCCUGCAGCAGUGCCCUGAGGAAGCCAGCCAUCUCCCUGGCUGACAGCACGGAGCUCAGGGUCCUGCUCAGUGUCAUGUACCUGAUGGUGGAGAACAUCCGUGUGGAGCAGGAGACGGAUCCCCCGGAGUGGAAAACGUGCCGGGAGACCUUCAGGACGGAGCUGAGUUUCCCCGUGCACACUGAGGAGCCCUUUGCUCUGCUGCUCUUCACCAUGGUGACCAAGUUCUGCAGUGGCCACGCUCCACACUUCCCCAUGAAGAAGGUUCUGCUCCUGCUCUGGAAGGUGCUCCUGUUGACGCUGGGCGGGUUCGAGGCGCUGCAGGCCAUGAAGGUUCGGCGGCGGGAGGAGCUGGGGCUGCCGCCCCUGCCCGAGGACAGCAUCCAGGUGGUGCGGGGGAUGCGCGCCGCCUCCCCGCCCACCUACGCCAUCGAGCUGGUGGAGCAGCAGCAGCAGCAGCAGAAGCCGCGGGGCCACCGCAGCCGCAGGCCCCUGAUGAAGCAAGACAGUUUGGAUAUCUACAACGAGAGAGAUCCCUUCAAGAACGAUGAAGGAGGGGUUGAUGAAGAGGAGAAUGAUGAUGUGGACAGUGGCAUCAUCGAGGGGGAGCUGGACCUGAUGGAGCGGGACACGCUCAUCCCGGCCAUGCCAGCCCAGCGCCUGCCCAUCGAGAGGGUGUCCUUCCCCAAGGGGCUCCCCUGGGCCCCCAAAGUCAGACAGAAAGACAUCGAGCAUUUCCUGGAAGCAAGCAGGAACAAAUUCAUCGGAUUCACACUGGGACAGGACACUGAAACCCUGAUAGGGCUCCCACGGCCGAUCCACGAGAGCGUGAAGACCCUGAAGCAGCACAAGUACAUUUCCAUCUCAGAUGUCCAGAUCAAGAAUGAGGAGGAGCUGGAGAAGUGCCCCAUGUCUCUGGGGGAAGAGGAAGUUCAAGAAACCCCCUGUGAGGUCUUGUAUCGAGCAAUGUUGUACAAUCUCCCCCAGUACAUGAUCGCUUUGCUGAAGAUCCUCCUGGCUGCUGCACCCACCUCCAAGGCCAAGACUGACUCCAUCAACAUCCUGGCAGAUGUGCUGCCUGAAGAGAUGCCCAUCACCGUCCUGCAGAGCAUGAAGCUGGGCAUCGAUGUGAACAGACACAAGGAGAUCAUCGUGAAGAGCAUCUCAGCCCUGCUGCUGCUGCUCCUCAAGCACUUCAAGCUGAACCACAUCUACCAGUUUGAAUAUGUGUCCCAACACCUGGUGUUUGCCAACUGCAUCCCACUGAUCCUGAAAUUCUUCAACCAGAACAUCAUGUCUUACAUCACUGCCAAAAACAGCAUCUCUGUCCUGGAUUAUCCACACUGCACAGUGUGUGACUUGCCUGAGCUCACAGCAGAAAGUUUGGAAGCUGGAGACAACAACCAGUUCUGCUGGAGGAAUUUGUUCUCCUGCAUUAACUUGCUGAGGAUCCUCAACAAGCUGACUAAGUGGAAACACUCGAGGACAAUGAUGCUGGUGGUGUUUAAAUCAGCCCCGAUCCUGAAGCGUGCCCUGAAGGUGAAGCAGGCCAUGAUGCAGCUCUACGUGCUCAAGCUGCUCAAAAUCCAGACCAAGUACCUGGGCAGGCAGUGGAGGAAGAGCAACAUGAAGACCAUGUCAGCCAUCUACCAGAAGGUUCGGCACCGCAUGAACGACGACUGGGCCUAUGGCAACGACAUCGACGCCAGGCCGUGGGAUUUCCAGGCUGAGGAAUGCACGCUGAGAGCCAACAUCGAAGCCUUCAACAGCCGCAGGUACGACAAGGCACAGGAGUCAGAGUUCGCCCCGGUGGACAACUGCCUGCAGAGCGUGCUGGGCCAGCGCCUGGAGCUGCCCCACGACUUCCACUACUCGUACGAGCUGUGGCUGGAGCGGGAGGUGUUCUCACAGCCCAUUCGCUGGGAGGAGCUGCUGCACUGCCACUGA